AGCUGCCCCGCCUGCGGCCCAGCAGAGCCUCUGCUCCCGCAGGGGGAUGGCGGCGGCGCGGGGCUAUUGGAGCAGCCUGCAGCCGCUGCAGAAGGCCGCUGUGGUGCUGGGGCUCCCGGCCGGCACUGCCGUGCUCUACAUCCUGUACCGCCGGUACCUGGAGAGCCGAGAGGAGCGUCAGACCUUUGUGGGGGACGAGGAGCUGGAAGUGCAGAUGCGGGUGCCCCGCACCGCUGUCAAGGCCAUCAUCGGCCGCAAGGGAGCCACCAUCUGCAAGCUGCAGCAGGAGACGGGAGCUCGCAUCGACGUGGAGAGAGAGGAGGAGGGUGAGGAGGCUGCGCUGCUCAUCUCGGGCUCACCGGUCCAAGUGUGCCGGGUGAAAGCCGCCGUGCACCAGAUCUUAGUGGAGAGCACACCGGUGUCGGAGCGGCUCUUUGUGCCGCGGAGAGCCGUCAGCAGGAUUAUCGGACGUGGAGGGGAGACGGUGCGGGGCAUCUGCCGCAGCUCGGGGGCGCGGGUGCUGUGUGAGCGCGAGGCCGGUGCCGGCCUCUGCCCCAUGAGGGCCAUCCAGCUCUCGGGGACACGGAAGGAGGUGGAGGCCGCUAAGAAACUCAUCCUGGAGAAGCUGAUGGAAGACAACGUACUCCGGACGGAGCUGGCGCAGGCGGCGGUGGCGCGGGGCCAGCGCAAGGCACCACUGGGCAGCUGCCGGGAGCCAGAGCCACUGCGCAAUGGGGCACUAGAGCGCAGGGAGGAGCACGAGGGCUUGCCCUGGGGGGAAGAUUUGCUCAGCUUGGUGUCCUCUAAGGAGGUGGUGGAGCAGGAGGCUGAGAGUGAGGAGCUGGAGGAGCCCAGUGUCCCCAUGCCCAAAUUUGAGGUUCCCAGCCCUGAUUUUGCCUUCGAUGCCGAUGAGCACCUCGAGGUUUACGUCUCGGCUGCCGAAAGCCCCGACCGGUUCUGGAUUCAGCUGGUGGGGCAGCGCAGUCUGCAGCUGGACAAGCUGAUGGCCGAGAUGCGCCAGUACUACCAGCACCACAGCACCACGGCGCUGCUCUCCGAUGUGCAGCCCGGUGACAUCGUGGCCGCUCCCUUCGCCGCUGAUGGCAACUGGUACCGUGCACGCGUGCUGGGCCUGCAGGACAAUGGUAACCUGGGCCUGCACUAUGCAGACUUCGGGGACAGCGGCGAGGCCCCGCGCCAGGCGCUGUGUGCCCUGCGGAGCGACUUCCUGAGCCUGCCCUUCCAGGCUGUGGAGUGUGGCCUGGCUGGUGUUGUGCCCACUGGUGCUGACUGGGAGCCGGCAGCACUCACCGCCUUCGCAGAGCUCUCGCACUGUGCCACGUGGGAGCCGCUGCUCGCCCGCAUCACCAGCUACGGCCCAACAGCGCCAUGCCCGCGGCCCCAUGUCCAGCUCUUCGCCAUGCACGGCGGUGUGAGCCUGGAUGUGGGCACCGAGCUGGUGCGGUUGGGCCAUGCCAUGCCCCAGCUCUGCCAUGGAGAGGAGCAGGAGGAGGAGGCACCGGUGCCACCGGUGACCACCAGUGGAGCUGCGGAGCCCGGGCACGGUGGUGGUGGAGCGCUGGUGGCAGGUCCCGCUGAGCAAGGAGGGGCGGCCGCCCCGCGCCUGCCUGCGGCGGCACCGCGUGUACCGGCUGGUGGAGGACACCAAGCACCGGCCCAAGGGCGAGAUGGAGCUCAUCCUCACCCGCGCCGUCGAAGGCUUGGGCAGCCGGGGGGACGUGGUGAGCGUGAAGAAGCACUUGGGUCGGAACAAGCUGCUGCCGCAGGGAUUGGCUGUGUACGCGUCACCGGAGAACAGGAAGAUGUUUGAGGAGGAGAAGCUGCAGCAGGAAGGAAAGAUGGAACUGCAACAAACCCAGAGUGGGGAGAGGACCCUCAGGUUCCUCAAGAGCUGCCGCCUGGAGGUGGGUAUGAAGAACAACGUCAAGUGGGAGCUCAACAAUGAGAUCGUGGCUCGGCACUU